CUAAGUAUUAGCAGUGUGGGGACAGAUAAGCUUAUAUUCGGAAGUGGGACUACUCUCACAGUUGAACCAAACAAUCAAAAAAGUUCUGACUCAGAAGUCAUUGUGAUGAAAUCAAAGAAACUGGAAGAAGAUGGCAGCACUGGGAAAGCAGUUUGUUUGGCAAGGAAUUUUUAUACAAAGUACAUAACCUUGGAGAUGUCCUCUGAGGAGCGCAUAUAUGAACAGAGUACAGUCGUAUAUGAACAGAGUACACCUAUUUUGACAUCAGAGGGGUUGUACAAUACUAUUAAGGUGGUCAAUGUGACAAAAGGCAAAGAAGUGACCUGCAUGGCCAAAUUCGACGGAGGGACUAUUACAGCCAACACAACAUUGCCAGAAAAGAAGGCUGAAGGACCAGUAACAGGGAAGGUCUGCAACACCACAGACACCUCUGCACAAGAUACCAAAGUGGAGAAAGCGAACAUGCUGUCUAUGGCUGUGUUGGGUUUGAGAGUUCUGCUGGCAAAAAGUAUCGCCUUCAAUACACUCAUGAGUAUCAAGUUGUUUCUUUUCUGAGGCAGUGGGGAAGCAAGGCAACAGCAAUCUGAAGAACAGCAGGCAAGAGCGUGUACCAGCAGCACAAUGGGUUGAACAGCCGAUGUCAAAUCCGCUGACAAUAACCAUCCAGAACACAAUACAACACCUUCCCCUUAAGACAUUUUACACUGUUGAAUCCUGCCUAGCUAGUUUAUGUAGUAAGAGUUGUAACUGCUUUUGCUAUUUCUUUUUCUCUGUGAACUGAGGAGAGUGUAUUUUUCCUCAUCCCCCUGCUAAGUAGAAAUUGAUCUCCCCACUCUUCUAGCCUUUGCAUAGAAGCAUCCAACCUGCUUCAAUAGUUAUGAGAAAUCCAAACCUCACUAUAGAUAUAUGACCCUUUUAAAACACCUUUAACAGGCAUAUUGCAUUACUGUCUGUAGAACUGAUGUAUUACUGCUUAGAAAAUUCAGGCACGGUAGAUGCUAUUUAUAGCUUUAAUGUUUUUUAGAUAGCUUUAAUAACAAUAAUUUUCUAGUGUAGAUGAGAAGACCUGUGUUGGAUCAGAAGUGAUUCACUUCAACCAGAUAAUGUUCAACUAUAGAAACAUUUUUAUUUGCAUUUCUUUAUUAAACCUGUAUUUCUUCUGCAAAGUGUAUGGCACCUGCAUUUGAGGUUACUGUAGUAGUGACCAAAAUAAAGUUUUACUAAGCC